UAUACGCUCCUGGUAAUCGACUGUGGGCACUUGCUGUCGUGAUUUUACAUUUACUAUACACCCUGUGAGCUAAGUAUACUCGCUUUCUUUAACUGCCUACUUCUGAAGGUUCCAGGAUAUAAUUAACAAAUCACACAAACAUAAUAAAUGACUUGAUUGUAAACGUUUUCGUGGGCCAAGACGCUGCGACGGAGGGUGCAACACGCCCUGAAUGUCGGGUGCACCAAGGGGCAACACCGCAAGGGCGCCAGGCCCCAUAAAAUGGCGUUCUUCCCUGAAGAACACCAUCUACGACGUGCUGCAAUCAAAAGCGGAUUGGGUGGAAACGGAAAGUGAAACGGACUGGGACUUCUUCUGGGCAGAUAAAGGCUGGAUCCACCAUGAGCUGGACAAGCUGCACCUGGCGGACUGGCAGCGCAUCAACCACUUCCCCAACCACUAUGAGCUCACGCGCAAGGACCUGCUGGUCAAGAACCUCAAGCGAGCCAAGAAGCAGCUGGAACGCGAGGAGCGGCUGGCCGAGGCGGCGCAGUACAACUUCUUCCCGCUCACCUUCGUGGUGCCCUCCGAGUACCGCAUGUUCGUGGAGGAGUUCAAGCGCAGCGGCGGCGUGUGGAUCAUGAAACCCAUCGGCAAGGCGCAGGGGCAGGGCAUCUUCCUCUUCAACAAGCUCAGCCAGAUCAGCGACUGGCGGCGAGACCACACGUGGAAGCCGGGGCAGGAACCGCAGGAGGGCGACGAGGGGCCGGAGACGUACCUAGCGCAGAGGUACCUGGAGUCGCCGUACCUGGUGGGCGGGAAGAAGUUCGAUUUGCGGAUCUACGCGCUGGUGACGUCAUAUAGCCCGCUGCGCAUCUUCCUGCACCGCUCGGGUUUCGCCCGCUUCACCAACAUGCGCUACAGCACGCGCAAGGAGGACAUCACCAACACCUACGUGCACCUCACCAACGUCGCCAUCCAGAAGCACGCGCCCAACUUUGACGCGCAGAAGGGCCUCAAGUGGUCCAUUCGCAGCCUGCGCACCUACAUCACCACCAAGCAUGGCGCCGAGGCCGCCGCGGAGCUCUUCCACGCCAUUCAGAACAUCAUCAUCCGCGCGCUGCUGGCGGUGCAGCCCGCCAUGAUCAACGACAAGCACUGCUUCGAGCUGUACGGCUACGACGUCAUGAUCGACUCCAACCUCAAACCCUGGCUGAUUGAGGUGAACGCCUCUCCCUCGCUAACAGCCAGCGACAAGGCCGACUGGGUGCUCAAGACGGCUAUGUUGGAGGACCUGCUUGACAUUGUUGACCUGGAGGGCAAGCGCGAGCCGGGCAAGGUGGACCUGCGCAUGGGCGGCUUCGACCUCAUCUGGGACGGAGGACCCGUCAUGCGCUUCGACCGACCCACAUCGCUGCCCAGCAUGCUGGGCUGCUACAACGAGCGCGACAAGAACCAGCUGCGUGUGUUCAAGAAGACGGGGCCGGUUGACAACGGCAAGGAGUACCGCAGCGCGCGACCCAAGCCGGCGCAGCCGCAGGCGCCGCAGCAGGAGGCCAGCUGGAUGCCACAGUCCGCGGGCUCGGCGGUCUGAGCAGUUGGGAGGGUGCGAUUGGGCCGCAUGCACCGAUGUAGUUUUGGGAAGGAGUCUGGAGGAGUGACCCGUUCGUUGCAUGGAGCUAAGAUGUGAUCUGCUGCCCGCACAACGUGAAUCCAGUGAGCACCAGUGUUACACAGGGCUGUUCUUGAGGGAGGCUGGCUAUAGCCUAGUGACUCAGACGGUUAGGGCUGCACAGUGGCAUGCGUGCUGUGUACGUGUGUAUCCGUUGUCCCUUACCUUGAGAAGCAUAUGACAUCAAUGUCGGGCCCUGGCACGGCCAGCGUGGAUGGGGGCACUUGUGGACCCUACCAAGGCCUGCCAGCUGCCCCAUGCAUGUGGUGCCGCCCAGGUUCCUGUUGCUAAGAUAUGAUGCUGCCAGAAACGUAUGAUACGUCCUUCGUGGUCCUCAAGGUGCCCUGAGUCGAACCGUGACGGAAUGCGGUGUGUGGUACAGCAUGAACAGUAGAUUAGACACAGGUGCCGUAUAUCAUCGGCCGCCACAGGCCGCCACCCUGCUGUAUACUAUGGUUGCAUCCAGUAAACAAGCAGCACGUGCUAUGCUAGGCUAUGCUGGGUUGCUGCAAUGGGGAAACAUAGCCGUCACCGAACUCGGAAUGGUUUUAGCCUUUGGGAAGCCCCGGGGUAAAUAUAACUGUGUUGUACUGUCACGAGCUGCACUCAUAAUGGUGGUCCACCAUAACUUCGGUAUACAGUGCUAAAGUUCGGUACCAGGCACCAGGUACAACCCCUUGGUACCGUGUCCAGACAAGAUUUCUGCAUUGCGGUAGGGGACCCACCAUCGCCGGCCCGUCUUGUGCCGACCUAAGGCCCUUAACCUAUGCAAUG